UGCGGAUGUGACACGCAUACAGAUAGCAAGAAAAUGGCAGGGGUGGUGAAAAACAUAAUGGUCUGUUGAAACAGUACUGACUUUAUCUAGUACAAAUUAUUUUCUUCUUAGUUUCGCGUUGUUUACCUCCAUUUAGGAAGCACUAUGGUCGAGCAGUCGGAUCGCGCUCCACUGCUGGACUGGGAGGAGAUUUCACCAGCCGAACUGACCCAGGCGGUUCCCCCACCAGCAAAAGAAAAUGGAUCGGAAUCGAGUCCGCCAGACGGCUGUUCUCUUGGCAUCACCGCGCCUGGCAUAGGCUGGAGCACCAGAUCUGGGGGUCCAGCAACUGUAACAGCUGUUCCGAGUUUAAUCGGGAGCCCAAGCCCUGGCUACCCUGGCCCAUGGGAUGUUCCCAGUCCCAUCAAUGCCGACCCUGGAAUAUCUCUGAAAGUACGAGUGGGAUGGGAGGAAAAGGACCAAAUAGUGGCUGUGUUUGUGGUAACCUUUGACACAAGAUCCGGUGAGAAAGAGCGAUGGCGGGCUAUUUACCUUACUGGGCACAGUGGGGUACUGACUCAUGCCAUGGAAGUGCGCACAUGACCUUGCAAGAAAUGCCUACUGUUCUUUACUUCCCAGCUCUGCUUAUCUACACUAUUCAAAAAUGACCCAGUAUAUAGAUACCCAAAUCAGGUGUUGUGGCAAGCAUUUAUUUACCAGUGAGCACAGUUUGCCGAAUUAUUAUUUUCUUCUGUCGUCAUAAAUUUCAACAAGCUCUGUAAAUUUAGAUAAUGAGAAUAGGUCAUUAAAAUGUGAUAAAAUUGAGGAAUGCAGUAACCUAAGCGCAAGUUUUUCCCACUUAAAUCAAACGAACUCUUCCGACCUCUCGCACAGGUUGGGAACCUACAUUCAUUAUAAUUUGAUAAUUCAAACCCACUUGUAAAGUUUGGAAAUAUUCUGGAUUUCUCAGUGGUUAUAGCAACAGUGGUGGAAUAAGUACCCACUUUUCAUACUUGAGUAAAAGUAAAGAUACCAUAAUAGAAAAUGACUCAAGUGAAAGUCAACCAGUAAAAUACUACUUGAGUAAAAGUCUAAAAGUAUUUGGUUUUAAAUAUACUUAAGUAUCAAAAGUAAAUGUAAUUGCUAAAAUAUACUUAAGUAUCAAAAGUAAAAGUAUAAAUAAUUUCAAAUUCCUUAUAUUAUUCCUUUAUUAGCCAAACCAGACUGCACGGUUUUCUUUCUUUUUCGGAUAGCCAGGGACUCAGACAUAAUUUACAAAUGAAGUAUUUGUGUUUAGUGGGUCCGCUGGAUCAGAUGCAGAAGGGAUGACCAGGAUUUUUUCUUGAUAAGUGCGUGAAUUGGACAAGUUUCCUGUCCUGCUUCAAAAUGUAACGAGUACUUUUGGUUGUCAGGGCAAAUGUAUGGAGUAGAAAGUACAUUAAAAGUAAAAGUGAAAGUUGUCCAAAAUAUAAAUAGUAAAGUUACCCCAAAAAACUACUUAAGUACUUUACACCACUGUAUAGCAAUAUAUAAUAAUAUAUGCCAUUUAGCAGACGCUUUUAUCCAAAGUGACUUACAGUCAUGCGUACAUACAUUUUACAUUUUGAAAAUUGAAAUUGAAUGUAAGAUAAAAUGUGGACGGUCAGAGAUGGAGACAUAAUGGAUGAAUCUCAUUCUCUCACAGUGAAGUGUACAGUUUGGAAACUCAAGUUUAUGUGUUUGUGUGUGUCAAUGGCAGGUAACAUGGUGGAAUGGUGCUUACCCCAAGAUGUGAAUCUUGACGGAGUGGAAUUCAAGUCAAUGGCCAGUGGCUCACACAGAAUCGCCAACGACUUCAUGUAAAACUAUUCCCCCACCUGAACGAACAGUGUUAAUGACAGAGGACCAUCAGAGCCCUAUCAAUAAUCUUUAUGAUGUUGUAUCACAGGCGGCAGUUGGUAUCUUAAUUGGGGAGGACGGGCUCAUAGUAAUGGCUGGAACGGCAAGAAUGGAAUGGUAAUGAACACAUUGAACACAUGUGUUUGAUACCAUUUCAUUUACUCCAUUUCAGCCAUUAAUAUGCUCUGUUUUCCCCCCAGCAGCCUCCUGUGUGUUGUAUACAUUCACAACAUUCAUCCAUGUCUAUUUUCUUUUUGCAGAUAUUUCCGUAAAGGCUGCUACUUUGGGCUGGCGUGUUUUGCUAACAUGCCUGUUGAGAGUGAGUUGGAGAGAGGGGCACGGAUGAAGUCUGUGGGUAUUCUGUCUCCCUCUUACACCCUCUUAUAUCGCUACAUGCACUUCCUGGAGAACCAAGUUAGGUAAGUACUGUUGUCUGUCUGUCCAUCCUGCUCUCUAUCACCCGGUUUCCUCUCAUGUCACUCUCUUUCUUUCUUAUCCGUCCUGUUUCACAUUCCUCCCCUCAUUUCCUUCCUCUUGUCCUCCGUGUGUAUUUUCAAUCUUCUCAUCUAUUAAACAUAAACCCUGAGUCAGUGCCACUACCGUCACUAGAAUCCAUUUAUAUGCAGUCUUUGCAUGUAAUCAUUGAAAUGGAAGAAACCCUGACUGUCUCCCUCAGAAACGCUUGUCUUUCUGCUUGAAGCUUAUCUCUUAUCUCAUUGACUACGCAUAAAGAACUGACACAUAUCCAGCUCAUGGUAGAGAUAUAUGCUUAGGGGGUUCAGCUUGACUUUAUACAGUACAGAUAUACUUAGCCUAUGUUGAUCCAGUUUAAGUACUGCACCACUUCCAGUUCCCAGGGAUUAUCCCAGUUUUAAUCCAAUCAAACCAUGCUGUGAUGAGUCUUCGAUAACAUUCUCUUUCUCACCAGUGUUAUGCUUGAGAUGCCGACUGCAGUCAACAUUUAGAAAGUGUUUAGUGUUAACUAUAGGAUAUUAUCUAGCCUAAUCAGUGUGUCUCUCCAUGCAGACACCAGCUGCAGUGCCCUGGCUCGUACUCUCCUCUGGAGGCCUUCUAUGAGGAUAAAAAAGCUGUGCUGCACCCAGCAGGGAACGGACUGGUUACUGCUUGUCCAACCAGCUUCUGGGUCCCAGCCAUCAACCGCUGCAUGCACCCAGAGAUGAAGGUCAGGACCCAUGGCCACUUGAACUUAGAUCAUUGAUGUUACUGUGCGGUUGUUGAUUGUGGAUAAUUGGGAAGUCAAUGAUUGGUUUAGGUGCGUUUGUGCAUUUUGAGAUAUGUGCAUGUUAAUCAGACUUCCGAUGUCAAGGAGAGAUUUUGGGCAGAAGUUAGCAUUUUGUCCAUGCUGAGCAGACUUAUCCAGCCUGGAAAACCAUGACCAUAUCAGACAGCCUGACAGUCUGUUGUUCCCUCUCUGCCCCUUCCAGAUCACCCACCCGGCCGGCUGCAUGUCCCAGUUCAUCCGCUUCUUUGGGGAGCAGAUCAUGGUGCUGUGGAAGUUUGCCCUGCUCCGAAAACGCAUCCUCAUGUUUUCCCCACCGCCCGUCGGUGUGGUGUGCUACAGGGGUGAGAUGGAGCAGCUGAAACACACACACACACACACACACACACACACACACACACACACACUUAUACAAAACCUCACAGAUUUGUUUUUCAGAUCUUAUUACAGUAUUACUGUAUAUGUCACUGUGUGCUCUCUGUCGUUGUAGUUUUUCAUGUUUGUCUUGUACUCCUCACAUAGUGUACUGCUGUUGCUGCCUGUCCAACGUCUCUAUACCUGGGAUAGGUGUGUCUGUGCCUGAGUUCCGCCCCUUCUUCUACAUCAAUGUGGCAGACAUCGCUGCCCUUGCGACAGAGAUGUCAUAUGUGGCUUGUUAGUGAGACAUUAAGCUCUGAUUGAUAAAUGUAAAUAUGUAUGAACCAUGGUGUGUGUGUGGUAAGGUUAAUAAAACAUCUCAUUGUGUCUUAAGGCACCACAGAGAAGAUAUUUGAGGAGAAGAAGGAUCUGUAUGACGUAUACAUUGAUAACCAGAAUGUGAAGACACACAGAGAUAGUCUGCAGCCACUGCUCCGGCUGAACGGGGCAGACCGGGAGAAGUAUAGGAAACUGAGCGAACAGAGGUAAACAGACAGUGAUAAAUGGUGGCAGACAUUUUGAAGAGAUGAUGAUGACAAUGAUGAUGAUGAGGAUGAUGUUAUGGUCUUUUCAGGCAAAUGCUACUUUACACUCAGGAGGUGGAUGCAGACUGCACAUCAAAUGAGGAGGACCUCUUUAUCCUGUAAGUGUGUUUACAUUACAGUAACAAACUGUAUAUUUCCUACCUCUUAAAUGUAAUGGCAACAUUUAGAUUUCUGCCUAAAUAGACGUACCCAAAAGUAACUGCUAUUCAUGUGUAAGUACAUGAUUCUGACAUGCAAAAACAUGGUAUGUUUUGAAAGAAGACAUCUGAGAGAUUAUGAGGAAAUUAUCAGAAACCAGAUAGGAGUUACAUAGUUCAGAAUACACAAGAUCAAGCAUACACAAAAUAACCAUGUUUUUGUUUUUUUAUUUGGAAAGUCAUCUUUCAUUGACAAGCUAUAAGUUAAUUAUUGAUGACCAGAGCUGGAAACACAUCAGAUGGCUUCCACAACAUGUUAACAAUAUCAGAAAAAAAUGGGAUUGAUAGACCUAACAACUAGAAAUGGGGCAGAUGUUUUAGUAAGUGGUGUCAGGUGUGGUCACAGGACGUUUCCAAGUGUCCCUAAACCUCUUCAAAGUGGCAUACAGUGCCUUGCAAAAGUAUUCAUCCCCCUUGGUGUUUUUCCUAUUUUGUUGCAUUACAACCUGUCAUUUAAAUUGAUUUUUAUUUGAAUUUAAUGUAAUGGACAUACACAAAAUAGUCCAAAUUGGGGAAGUGAAAUGAAAAAAUAACGUGUUAAAAAAAAUUCUACAAAUAUAACAUAAAAAUAAAAUAAAGGGAUAUAUUGUUGUAAGACACACAGAAUUACAGAAUGACUACAUUUACAAAACGGCAUUACUGUAAAGUAAAAACACCAAGCCUAAACUUUAUCUGUGCAGUGACUCACAUAGAAGGUGUGAAGCACACACAAUUCAAACAGAAACACUUUGGAGACAAAGGCAGAGGUGAGAACCACAAAUAAACAAUGGCCAUGAGUGUUUAGUGGCCUCUCCAAAGUUACAAGGAUGAAACUUACAACAGCAAACAGUGAACUAAUAAAAUAAUAAUAAUAAUAAUAAUAAUAAUAAUAAUAAUCAUAUGAAACAUAGACAGUAACUAUUUUGGAAUUAUAUAUAAUUGGAAUUACUUGUUACAUAGGCCUAUGUAAACUAAAUCCAAAGCACAAAAAGCAGACAACUUAUAAAAAACGAAAUACAUAAAUAAUUUACUUACAGGUCUAAAAGUGGAUCCAAUCCUUCUAGAAAGCAAUCUUCGUCGGCCGAGUCGAAAUCCUCGUUAUCCAAAUCGCUCCCCUGAUCCGAGUCCGACUCCAGUAUUUUAUUCAAAGUUUCUAUGUCGGUAUACUUAUUUAUAGCUGCCUUCUUUUUAGCUUCCUGUUCGAUAUUCUUAGUUUUUACAUUUUUCCCCACUUGAGAAGCCAUCUUUUAUGCUAAAGCUAUGAAAUUAAAGCGAUGAAAUCUGUUUACAAUGUAAUGUAGCGUGCUCGGUGCGUCUCGUCUCUGAGCCAGGUAGCAAUUGUUUGCUUUAUGCAUAAUGUCAUGCCCUGACUCAGAGGACGCUUGUAUGUUGAGUCAGGGUGUGUAUUUUCCUUGCUGUGUUUGUCCAUGUUGUACAGUCUAGUAUGUAUAGAUCUAUGUUGGCCUGUGUGGUUCCCAAUCAGAGGCAGCUGUCGCUCGUUGUCUCUGAUUGGGGACCAUACUUAGGCAGCCUAUUGGCACUAGUGGGUUGUGGGAUCUUGUUCCAGUUAAGGUAUGUUGUGUUGCGUUGCCUUGGACUUCACGUUUCGUUUUGUUGUUUUGUCGGUUGUUUAUUCCUUUAAAUAAACAUGUAUGCAUAUCACGCUGCGCCUUGGUCUGACCCGUUCAUCAACGAACGUGACACAUAAAAGGUUCUAGGCCUUGCUUUGUCCCACCCAGGUCAACUGCAUAUCCCUGUCAAGGUGCCAUAGUAGCCAAUCCCCUGUGGAAUUUAUGCCUACAGUGCAGGCGACAUCAUAUUUUUGAUGCGCAAAGAUAUAGUCACUCUGCGAACAUUCGAUGUUGCCAUUAAGUCAUACAUCAUCAGAUAACAUUGGCAAUAGGCUAGGACUUGUUCCUACCAACCUAAGGAUUAAUUUGAUACCCCCCAUGUAGCUAUAGCUCAAACACAGACCAAUCUAAGCUUACCUUGUAAGAUGUUUGGUGAAAACGUUGUGUAAAAUAAACAUUUUGACUCUCGGGGCUGGUGAUCAAUAAAGGUAGGUCACAGGCAGACAAAUAAUAUAUCCUCAUGAUCUGUGGAGUCCCGGCUUUCGAUGUGUAUCAACGUAUUCUGUGUUCAUUUUGUUUAUACUUCACAAUGCUAACCAGAAUGUAGGUAGCAGCCAUCUUGAAAGGAGGUCAUCUGCUCGGCCUGACCUUAUAUAUUCGUAUGCCCAUAUAUGUUAGUAAGUCACACCAAAGAUUUUGAAAGCAGCGAUCAAUAGCCAAAAUACUCAGCUUUCCGCAGACACCCUGCUUUUGCAGAUAGGGGCUACCAUUCUCAUACCAGACUGAAUUGAAAAUAAUAAAAUAAUAGGGUCCCCAAAUAUGGGGACUUUACAUUUAAGAGGUUUUAAAUAAGAAUUAGUUUGGGCUUAGUCUGGAGUCUUUAUCAAACCUUCUUACAGAAUGUCCUCUGUUCUCGCCAAUAGGUUUUUCAUGGAGCAGAAUAACCGUAUCUUCCAGACUCUAUCAGAGGUGGAAGCGAGUGCGGACCACACCCUGACUGCAGAGCACGUGAGGGCCAUGGGACUGGACCCCCAGGCAGACCGCACAUUCCUGGAAGAUCUGCUGGAGGUCUAUGGCAUUGAUGUUAUGCUGGUCAUCGAUAACCCCUGCUGUCCUUGAGCUCUGGCUGUGGCCUGUUCUCUCUUGGUCCUCUGAAGACACUGCCUCCUUCUCUUCCUCCCCUGGCGUCCUGCCCAGUCAAAGGCCUGCAGGUCUCUCUCUCGAUCUCUCGCCCGGCUCCGGGAUAUAGCUGUCUAUGGCCAGUGUUAACUCAGUGACAGCUCACCUGGUAAACUGGGCCACAAUGAUAGAUGAUAGAUACUGCCUGGACUCUGCAGUGCUGUCUGGCUACAGUCCGUUCUAAAUUCAACAACCACUUGUCUUGUUUUUCUGUUCACUUGGAAUCUGUUCUCUUCUCACCUGGAUCUGUUCUUGGAUCACCAGGCCUAGUCACUGGAGGUGGAGCCUUGUUUGUACUGCUCCCAAUACUAUGGAGCACUGCUGACCAACAGAACCAUGGAUCUAGUAUCCAGUGUGGAGCUGGAUAAUUAGUUGUUCCUCCCACUUCAUUAAAACUUCAUGGAAAUACAAUUCUGCCAUAGCACCAAGCACUUUUUCUUACACCUUUACAGAGGAUUCUGCCUAAUCAUGUACAGUACAUUCGGAAAGUAUUCAGACCCCUUCACUUUUUCCACAUUUUGUUACAUUACAGCCUUAUUCUAAAAUUGAUUAAAUUGUUUUUUUCCC